UCGGGCCGGUGCCCGAAUCCAGGCAGCGGCCGCAGGAGGCGCGGCGGCGGCGGUGGGCGCCGCAGGCGAUGCCCCUGCCCCGCUGCUCCGGCGGGGGGCAGAGCGCGCGGCGGCGGCGGGGAAGGAGGCGGGGGGCGGCGGCUGCAGCGGAGGGGCCGAGAGCUGGCGGCGGCGGUGGUGGUCGUGAAGGGCAUCGGUGACGGAGAUGAUCUGAAGAUGGAAAGAGCCAGGCGAAGGGGAGGCGGCGGCGGCGGUCGUGGCCGCGGAGCCAAGAAUGUAGGGGGCUCUGGCCUAAGCAAGAGUAGACUCUAUCCCCAGGCCCAGCAUUCUCACUACCCCCACUACUCCGCGUCAGCCACCCCUAAUCAGUCUGGGGGCACCUCCGAAAUCCAGGAGCUGGCCUCCAAACGAGUGGACAUCCAGAAAAAGAGGUUUUACCUAGACGUGAAGCAAAGCUCCCGGGGCCGCUUCCUAAAGAUAGCCGAAGUCUGGAUAGGGAGAGGCCGGCAGGACAAUAUCAGGAAGAGUAAACUGACCCUCUCCCUGUCAGUGGCAGCAGAGCUGAAGGACUGUCUAGGCGACUUCAUCGAGCACUAUGCCCACCUGGGCCUGAAAGGCCACAGGCAAGAGCAUGGCCAGAGCAAAGAGCAAGUCUCCAGGAGGCGGCAGAAGCACUCUGCGCCCUCCCCACCUGUGUCAGUGGGGUCAGAAGAGCAUCCUCACAGUGUCCUCAAAACGGACUAUAUAGAGAGGGACAAUAGGAAAUACUACCUGGACCUAAAGGAGAAUCAACGAGGUCGCUUCCUAAGGAUUAGACAAACCAUGAUGCGGGGCACCGGCAUGAUAGGUUACUUUGGCCACAGUUUAGGCCAGGAACAGACGAUUGUCCUUCCAGCGCAAGGUAUGAUUGAAUUUCGUGACGCCUUGGUUCAGCUGAUUGAAGACUAUGGCGAGGGAGACAUAGAAGAACGAAGAUGUGGAGACGACGACCCACUUGAACUCCCAGAGGGGACCUCUUUCAGAGUGGACAAUAAAAGGUUCUACUUUGAUGUGGGCUCUAAUAAAUAUGGAAUAUUCCUGAAGGUAAGUGAGGUGAGGCCACCUUACCGUAAUACUAUUACUGUUCCAUUCAAAGCUUGGACAAGGUUUGGGGAGAAUUUUAUCAAGUAUGAAGAAGAGAUGAGGAAAAUUUGCAACAGCCAUAAAGAAAAGAGAAUGGAUGGCCGUCGGGCCAGUGGUGAAGAACAAGAAUGCCUGGACUAGCGUGAAAUUGAACUCCAGCAGGCAAAAUUUAGAAAUCAGUAAUUGGCUAAACGUACUGAUCCGUAAUCAUGAUCAUUUGAAGAAGUUUCUCCUCUUUUGGGCCCUUUGUUAUUAGUAAUACCUCUAAUAGUUUAUACUUAAAGGAGUCUGAUUCUCAUGUUAUGUUAUACAUAGGUCACUAUAAUUCUCAUGGGAAUUCCAACCUCCGCAGAGCCAAUCAGUUUAGCUGCUUCAGCUGCUCCCGACUAUUGAAGUAUUCAGAUGGCACAAAGUGUGACAUUCUGACCUUUAAUCACGAUAACUAAGAUUUACAUUGCACUAUGACAGAAUCUUGAAAAUGACGCAUAGACUUAAUACAAAAGUGUGAAUUUCUAUUUAACAAAUCCCGCCCCCAAAGAAAGUCCCAUAUUUUGUUAAAAGUUAAUACUUUGUUAAAAAGUUGCAAAGUUUACCUGUAGGACAGUUACCACAGAAAUGGAAAUUGACCUUGAGUAUAGUAUAUUUCUUUAUGAAAGUACUAGUAGAAAUAUAUUGCUCGUUGGGUAACUGAAUAUUAACUAGUACCACUAAAAAGCAAACCUUAUUAGGUAAUUAGACCUUUAAAAUACAGUGUCCUAUUCCUUAGUAGUUACUGUAUACAGCAUUCUAUAAUUUCACAUUUUGUGGUAACCCUACAGUUUUAGUUACCAUAUCAAAGCCAUGGAAGAGUUUUAAUUCACCAUUCUUAGCUAACUGCAAUCUAAUCUUCUGUUUCCUGUUCUCUAUAUUUUAUUAACUUUCCAAAGUUUUGGAAAUUAUGCUUAUGUCACUGUUGAGAGGGAGGCUUCGCCCAUUGGCUUUGUUAUGGAAAUUUUGAUGUUUUAGCCUUUCGUGAUAACUUGCAAUCAUUUUUUCCUUAAAAUCUGUCGUGAACUUUCAAAGUGUAUUUUAUGUUUUCCCAUUCGUGCAUAGGGUUGGUGCACCAAUUGACUGGUGUCAAAAUAAUAGAUCUACUGAUAUAUCUUAGUAGGGCUCUUACAUUGGCUGCCCUUAAAACCAUGUCAAACUUACAGUAUAAACCUGACUUUUACACAUACUCUUAACUCCAAAAGAAAAAACUUUUUUUUUCUGGGAAUACAAAAUUGCAAUCUGGGAAAUAUAAUAUUUGGAAACAAUAUUGGUAAUAAACAUUUAAGAGGAAAAUUCAGGCAUUUUCUAAGGUGCUCCUUAAGAGUCUCAAAGAGGUUUACUCUGUACAAGACGGAUCCUUUGUGCUUGCCUGUAUUAACAAUCACGUUCCAGAAAGUGCCACCUGAAUUUUUAGCCACUCGGCCAUUUUUAAACAAGUGGGUACAUAUAGCACGUGCACCCACAGCAUCCCUUAGUAACAAUGAAAUUCCAUCUGUUGUUGGGCUACAUCUUAUUCUAACAGAAUAGCUAUGCUUUGUCAUGGGAUCAGUUACUGCUCCUCAGUAAGUCCAUGUGAUCAUAUUUAAGAGACCGACACUGAUUUCAACUCCCCAAAUAGAGUUCUCAUAGGUGAGAGCUGGCUGCAAGGACUGAGGUCAGAAUGUGGCUCUUCUCUGGUACGCUCUAUGUAAUUCAGAAUUGCUUUGAACAACCUUCCCUCCAGAAUUUUUCUCUAAACAAAUUAAACUAAGGUCGCUUAAGGAAACCAUGGGACGAAUUAAGAAGAUUAAGUUCAUUGGCUUUUGUUAAGACCAAGCAGCUAGUAACCCAGACAUACAUACUGAUGUUGGCUGCAGAUUCUGUUUCACAUUUGUCGGAAGUACUGUGAUGGAAUCUCACUCAGUUCACUACCAUUGUGAACCAUCUGGAUCACCAGGGAACAGCUGAAGGUUAGAAGAAAACGUUAGUUAGCACUAGCAUUAAUAGCACAUGGUGGGUGAUGAGAUGAUAAAAGUGGCAAGGAUUUUAAACCGUCCUAACUGUAAGAUAACGGAACUCUGUAGGCUUGGUAGGAAGUAGUUUGGGGUAUAUGAAGGAGUGGUGUGCACUUGAAUUACUGUACUACUGGUUGUUAUUGCUGCCCAUCAUAGUGCCUAUUAAUAAUAGUCAACCUGUCAGAUUUUGGCCAACCGGAGCUGUGAAUAUUCCAUUACUCAAUUGUCCCAAUCACUAUUGCUGUGAGUAUAUACUCGCUCUUAAAAUCUUAUCUUCCUUUUUUGAAAUAUUUAUAUACGUUAGGACUGACUGAUUACUUUUUUGGUUUUUAGUCUGAUGAGGUUUAAAUGUGUAUAUACAUAUGCGUAUAUAUACCCAUGGUACUGUGUCAGACAUGAAGAUAAAUAUAUUUAAUUCAUUGUAUAUACAUAUUAUUAGCUUCAUUUCAUAUGCAUUAUUUAAGUAAAGGACUAGCUAAAUAGCCAGAUUUUCUACCAUAUAUGUAUACUUCAAAGUUCUUGCCAUCUCAAAGCUACAGAUUGGGUAGAUAUAUAUAUAUAUAUAUAUAUAUGUAUGUAUGUGUGUAUAUGUAUGUAUGUAUAUAUAUACAUAUAUAUGUAUAUAUAUAUAAUAUAUAUAUAUAUACUGGCAAUUGAAUAUACUCUAGAAGCACUAAGACUUUUACCAAUCCUUUGUUUACCUUCUCAUAGUUAAUAUAUUCAUUGAAAAAUGGUAUGAUACUAUGAUUUUUUUGAUACUUAAAAUUCCCAAGAGUUCAUUAGCCAUAAUUGUGAUCCAGUUCAAACAUAUGGACUUAGGAUGUGUGUUGCCAUGUAUCUUAUAAAAUAAGCUACUAUUUUUAUCUGUGCAAUAUAAAUUUUAUUUAUUGUCAUUUGUAACAUAAAUGGAGCUGCAAGUGUACAUGGUAUUCUUCAAAAUAACAGGAUCCUUGCCUUGAAGGCAUUAAACUCUUAUGGAAACUGGAUGUUAGAAAUGAAAAAUGAGCAUUGAAGUUAGUAACCAAAAUUACUAGUUCACUGUAUAAUGCUAAAACGUUGAUGAUGUUUGCACAUAGUAAUCGAGCAUAAUGUGGACAGACUCCAACUGUAAUAAUAUAAGCUAAUAGUAUAAAAUCUGGAAACGGGUUCCUCAGUAGUUGGCAGUGUGCUCCUAGCAAUUAAAAGCAGCGCUAAUAUGCUGCUUAUAUGCAAAAGAUGCAAUGUAUUAUAAAGAUAUUCAAGUUCUGCCACAUUUUAUUAUUUUUCCUUCUUAAAGCCCCAAACUGCCAUGUCCCUUAAACUUGAGUCAAACACAAGCUUAUUUGCACUAAAGAGCAUGGCCAAAAAAAAUAAAUAAAUAAAUAAAUGACAGGGUGGAAAAGCUAUUUAGAACCUGUUGAAAUGAUUGGUUCUAAUGGGAGAAUUUCACAUUUGUCUAUUUGAAAGCUAUAUGGUCCAGGCAGACAAUCUGUCAGUUCACUAAUUUAAUAAUGCACUUUACCUUUUGUAUAUAGAAGAUGUACAUUUAUGCCCCUUGACAGGCAGGCUGUGUUUCCGUAACUAUGUAGUUAGAAUCUGUAGGAUGAUCUCUUGCAUGCACAUGUUUGUGUUAGAACUAUUGUAACAGGUUUCUAUUAAGGCAGUGUGAUGGAAAAGGACAGAAGAUGGUUUCAAAGCAAAUCUCAGUUCAUUUAACAAGGAAUUUUAAAGUAGAUUAUGUAUCUGUAUUAAAGACUAGAGUAAUAUAAAACUAUUUCUAAUCCAGAUUAGUGUUGCAGUUCAGACUAUAUCUACUUGAGACUUCCCAUAAUACUCCAAAAAUUAAAUUGGGGAAUCUGGCCAGAUAACUUUUUUAAUAAUUCUGUUCCAUUGUUAAUAUGUGUUUCAGUUACUAAUAAAAAGACAGUAUGUGCUACAGCUCUAGAAUUUAAAGUAUGGUUAGCUUAUGUUUUAAAAAUCACCAGACUAAAGAAAUAAAGUUUCGAGUAAGAAGUAUGAAUUGCUUAAUAAGUUACUAAAAAAAUAAAUAGGAUAUUUCAAAAUCUGCAAAAGUAUUAACCUUCAACACUCAAAACAGAGCUGGGGAGUUCAGUGUAUCCUUCUACCCCGAACACAUUGGAAGAUGUGUAUUUGAACAACUAGGUAAUUGUUGCUUAAUAAUAGGUUGUAUGUACUUUACUGAGAAAACACUGUGUACUAACAAUUCAUCAAGACUGUGCUAUAUUUAUUGCAUUCAUUUUAUAUCUAUAGAUAAGAAACAUAGUCAUCCUAUCUUAUCUAAUCAUGUAUUUAUAUUGUAAUUUUGCAAAUAUUUUCAGUAAAAUAAACAUUUAUCUGAGCUGCACAGUUUGAAGAGGAUGAAAUUGGACUAUACUCUCAGAUACUCAUUUUUAGUCAGCAGCUACCAUUGAAAACUGAUGUAUUGUCAUUCCUUGAGAUUUAUUUUAUAGUUUACUUAAUAUUUAAAUGAAUGAGGCUUAAUUUGAGUUUUAAUUGGUUAUUUGAAAAUGAGGUGUUUUUCUUGCUUCCUUCCAAACAAGUUUGACUGAAACAUGAAAUCCUCUUCCAAGCUUUAGGUAAGGGCUUUGGUGAGUCACCACCUAGUCUGAAGUCUUUACCAAACACCAGACAGCUUUGUCAAAAGACGCUAACAUUGAUUCCGUGCCUCCAGAAUGGUAUAGAUACAAGAUUUGGCAUUGCCAGAUAAGAUUCAUUAAAAUCUUUCUGAAGUUUCCUUAAAGAUUUCUUGACUUCCAUAGGGAAAUUGUGGCUAAUGGCUAGCCUAUCAGAGGAAGGGAAUAAGGAAUUAGCAUUUUGCUGUGACCAUCUGUGGUCUACAGUACUAUAGCACCAGAGUUCAGGAAAAAUAUCUUUCCCAAUCCAGUAUCUGAUGAAAAUUGUUUUUUAGAACACAGCAAGUCUACCAUAAAGAAAAUAUGAUCAAAUAUACAUAGGUAGAUUUUAGGGGAAAUUUUUUACUAUUUUCUUAUAAAAUGGGGGAGGGGGAUCAGUCUUUGUUCUUAAUCUGAUAUGACGUUUUUCAGCCAUGUAGAUUUAUUUUAGUGGUAAAUUUUAACAUUUUUGAAUAGAGAAAACUACUCCUAUAGCACCAGAUUUAUGGACAGAGGAUGUAGCUCAGUUGGAGGGAUGUUUGCCCAGAAUGCACAAAGCCGUGAACUUGAUUCCAUACACAUAAGUGAGGUGUGGGAGCGCAUGCCUUUGUCACUUCACACUAAGGUAAAGGCAGGAGGACCUGAAGCUCCAGGUCAUGCUCAGCUCUCAAGGACAUGCUCAGCUACAGUAACUGCAGCCCGAGCUGCAUGAAGUGUAACUCCAGAUAGUAAUAACACUAAGAUGCUACAGGAGACAAUGGAAAGAAGCAACCAGUGUUUAAGAAGCUACAGGAGACAAUGGAAAAUAGCAACCAGUGUUAGUUUGAUGUUAUCCUUUUUCGGUCAUUCUCACAUGUAAACGUGUAUAUACAUAUAUUCUUUUCAAAUGCAUAAACACAUGACCCUCCCAUUCUAAUAACAUCAACUUUAGGUCUGGCAUUUAAAGUUUUUUUUUCUUUUUACUAAAUAUCAUAUUUUAUAUUGUUAGCAUAUCACUUUUACACAGAGAGAACAUCAAAAAAGUAGUAAGUGAAUCCCAGGGGUAUAGGCUUAGGUUGCAGAUGUCUAUGUUUCUUGUUGGGUGUACAAAUAUGCAGUUUCUCAUCCGAGUUUCCUUCCUCACACCCAGCCACCUCACCUUCCAUGUCGCUCUCUUUGUCCCUCUCAAAAAAACUCUUGUUAUUUUUCCUGAAGUUAGUUCAGGGGGCUCUGGAUACUAAUUUAUACAGCCAAGUGGUAUAUGAGGUUAACUAUGUUCUCUAGUGAAAAGCUCUGACAUUUAAAAGCUUUAACAAAUUAUAGCUUUCCAUUUUUACUAACUGUGCUACUAUUUUUCAUCCAAAGACCUUGCCAUUAUGAGUAUGUGAGCAUUAGAACUGUAGUGAAAGAUUUUAUGUUAUGGCUUUGUUCAAAUUGCUUGCUUCAUUAACAUGAAACAUUUUAUCCAUAUGAUAAGGAAGGUGUAAAGUUUACUUAAGAGCUUUUGAAAUGCAUGUCUAGACAAAGAAAUAGCACUGUUCGUAAUCAUUUAAGGCACUGUUUUUUUCUUGAAUUUGUUAUGGUGUGUGUGUGUGGGUGUGUGUGGGUGUGUGUGUGUGUGUGUGUGUGUGGACUGGAGACCUGAAGGCUAUGCCAAUGCAAGGCAAGCACUCUGCCACUGAGCCACAUUCCCAACCAUGAAAAUGUUGAGGUUUGCUUCCUUCCCCUUGUGUGUUUUCUAAUGGGCCAGAGUCUGUCAGAAGUCCUAGGGCUAUGACGGUGAGAGUCUACCUCAGGAAGCUGAGGGACUGUAAGUACAACCAAGUCAUUGCUGGGAGAAUGUGAAAUAGCAAAUGGAUCCAUUGAAAAGUACAGCUAGACAAAAGAAAACAAAAGGAAAGCGGCCGUUAUUACUAUUCAUGAAAAUGUAAACAAAACUACUUUCAUAGCUCGCCAAUGUUACUUGCAGGGGAGGGGGACCAUAAGUCCUGCUUUCCAUGUGGGCAUAUUAAGACCUUCUCUUUUCUGUUGACGACCAAUGUGGGGAAUAAACCUGAGACAGGAAAUAGCCAACCCUUGACCUCUUCAAUUUUACAAAGGAAAACAACCCAGGCAAAGGACUCAACAGAAUUAGAAAUAUGUCUUAAACAUGGGUUAUGGAUUUUUUUAAUAGAUUGGUAUCUGUAAACUUCCUGAAAACAAAAUAUGAAAACUCAAGGCUCUGGUUUAAACUUUAUGGUAAUUUCUGUGUGGUUGAUAAUAUAAUUUCCUGUUCCAAAGUAAGAGAGGUGGUGUCAGAAAACAUGAUCCUUUCAAACACUUUAAAAUCCUGAGUGAAUUACAUAUUUAAUGAGUAACUCACUAUCCUUUAAUGAAUCUGCAAAACUGACCAUGAUUUGCAUAUAUUGACUUGUUUAAAUUCAAAUUAUAUAUAUUUCUCUGUAGCAAAUUUUCCUUCAAAAUGAACUGUACUUAAAUUUAGGACAAAAUAAUAACUUCCAGUUGCUCUUCAGAGAUCCCGUGUUUUUGUUAAAUUAUCCUUCCUAAAUUUUUCAUCUGUUUCCUUGUAAAAAUUGUUUAGUUUUAUUGACAGUGACAUCCACCAACACAUUGGAACACGUAGUAGUGAGUGUUGCCACUGGUAAGGCCCUUAAUUAUAUGAGCAUGACAAAAACAGCUUGUUUAUAUAGAAGAGUGUCUCCAUGAAGACUGACACUUGAGAGCAAUUGUAUGUCUUUUAGUUUAUUCUUUUUAUACCUAGUUUUCACAACUAUUCUAUAAAAUUUCCAAAUUUUUAGGAAAUAAUAAAAUUUGCAAAAAGAGAGAACUGACCAUUAAAAUUUCUUACCGUAUUUAAGUUUUUGAGUUGUUCAGGGGCUAAGUUGGAAGGGGUAAAGUUUUUCUUUUUAGUCUUUACUAAAUUAGUGUUAUAAAUCUGAUUGCUUUAGCUAGCUAAAGCCAGAACGUCUCCCAUUAGAAACUACUGUAGAGAAAGUGGGCCUGUGAGCUGGUGCUCUUUGGGAUUUUAUUUAUCAUAGGUUCCAUGAAGUUGCAUAAAAGUAGCAGGAAGAAAAGAAAUGGAAGGGCAGUAGCUGAUAGGUUUUUUUUUCCCUUCUAUGACAAAAGAAAUCAAUCUAAUGUAAAGAAGAGACAUAAUGUAUUUCCAUUUCUCUACGUAAGCUUAAACACAGGAACGGAGAAAGUAAUAAGCCCCGGUUCUAUGAUAUCAGAGUGGCCCUAAAGGAGUAGGACCGGUUGUUACAUAGUAACUGCAUUUUCUCACACUUUGUUCUACCAUUGUUAUCUGACAUUAUUUUUUGAGGUGAACAUUUUUAUAGAUGAAGUCUCAUUUUUGAAGGAGUGUGGUUUGUUUCUCUAUAUAUUCUAUAAUCAUCUCUUACAUUCUGUAUGACAUAGGAACUUUUAAAACCUAGCAUCAUUGUCCAAAUGCCAUUCUUGAAAUAAUUAUAAAAUACAGUGCUAAGUGGUGUGUUGACUACUGUAGUCAGUAUCCCAGAGAGUAAAGUACUGACUUUAAUGCUCUCCUCCUUGGCCAUAUUGAAUAACCUGUGAUGGUGGACACACAGAGGAAUACUUACCUAGCUGCAGCAGGAUGGGUCUGUUGUAUAGUUCAUGAGUGGAAAACUAGAUACGCUAUGGUCACGAAGACAUUGCUGUAGAUGCUAAGUUCUCCACGGUACAGUGCUAGCACCAGCCAGUACAGUGUUAGAGAGUGAUGCCUUUCUCAGCAGACUAUCAAAGGCAGCAUUGAAGAAUAUACCAGUAUCUUAAAGAACAUAAGCACAUAAAUAUUUUGAUUGUCUUAAAAAUUCUACUUUCCUGAAACAUCCCAUGUGAUUGCCUGUCUUUGGCCCAGUUCACAGUAGCAAUCUAGCUAGUCUAUUUUGAACAAAUUUCAUGGAAUUAAUUGACUAUUGUAGACAAAGUUCUUUCUCUGUUUUCUCCUCCCUCUCCCCAAAGAAGCAGAUGUAUUUUCAGUUCUCAAUUGCUUCUCUUGGUGUUUGGGAUUUAAGUGGGACAUAAGAGAACAGUUUAGCUUGUUGGUUCUUUUCAUUUAUCAUUAGGAUGAGAUUUUCCUCAGCCUUCUGUCAGACUG